ACAGAGUGUUCGUCCGGAAAGGACAUGCAUUUCAUAUUAAGGAAUUUACUAGAUUCAUGUGUUAGUUUUAACAAAAAAUACAGUUUUAAAAAGUGUAGUGAACUGUGAACAUUUGUGUGUAAGAUAAAAUUAUUAAGAUAAAAGAAGUAAUUCUAGUUAAAAAUGUCACUAUUAAAAUUUGCCCCCCUGGAUACGCCUCUGGAAAGGCGUCUGCAGACAUUGGCAGCCGCAGGAUGGAUCACCACAAUGCUCUGGGCAGAAUUUUUAUCAAUAGCCCUAUGUCUUUAUAUUGUCUUAUGUUCGAGUUGGUACUGGUUGGGUGUUCUAUAUGUUUUUUGGGUUGCAAUUGAUAGAGAUAUUUGCCAUCAAGGAGGAAGACCUAUCAAGUGGGUGAGAAACUGGACCUGGUGGCGAUACUACCGCGAUUAUUUCCCAUUAACUUUGAUCAAAACUGCAGAGUUGGAUCCUAAGAAAAACUAUUUAUUGUGUGUGUUCCCACAUGGUUUGUUGUCAUCUGGUGCUUUUGGUCAUUUUGCGACGGACGCCACUGGUUUUCAGCAAAUGUUCCCUGGAAUGACAGCCAGAAUUUGCACUCUUGCCGGACAUUUCAUGGUGCCGUUUUAUAGGGAACUUAUUUUGAGUUUGGGUGGUGUAUCAGCCAGUGCAGAAAGUAUCAAUUAUAUUUUGGGUUCUAAAGAAAAAGGAAAGGCUGCUGUUCUCAUGGUAGGAGGCGCUGCAGAAUCCUUAUAUUGCAAACCUGGUACUUACAGGAUUGUUUUGAAAAAGCGAAAAGGAUUUGUGAAAUUGGCCCUCAAAAACGGUACUCCCUUGGUGCCAGUGUUUUCAUUUGGAGAAACCGAUUUAUACGACCAGGUGUCAAAUCCUGAAGGAUCACUUUUACGAAAAGCCCAAGAAUUUGUGAAAAAAAUUACUGGAAUUGCAUUUUGUGUACCUUUAGGCCGAGGUAUGCUUCAAUAUUCUGUUGGUAUAGUACCGAGAAGAAAACCUGUUACUACUGUCAUUGGAAAACCACUUGAAUUCCAGAGAAAUUUGGAUCCAUCUGAUGAGGACAUUGAAAAACUACAUUCUGAAUUUACAAAAGCCAUCACAGAAUUAUUUGAACAACAUAAAUCUAAAUAUAUUGAAGAUCAUGAGAAUAUCAAGCUUGUCAUUGAGUAG